AUGUCAGCUAAUGGGAGUUCAGAGUCCAGCUGCAGGUCAGAGGUUAGACCCACCAAUAACACCUGUUUCCAGAAGGAACUGUCUAUCACUGCAUCAGUAAUCUCUAUGACUGUUGGCAUCUUCUCCAACAGCCUUGCUCUGUUCAUUCUGCUGAAAUCCUACAGCAGCAUCCGCACCAAGUCCAGGGCAUCCUUCCUGCUGUUUGCCAGCAGCCUGGUGAUCACAGAUCUGCUGGGUCACCUCAUUAAUGGAUCCCUGGUGCUUUUUGUGUACAGUGCUGAAAAGAAAUGGGAGAAUUUUGAUCCUUAUCAAAUCAUAUGCACCAUCUUUGGGGCAUGUAUGGUGUUCUUUGGCUUGAGCCCCUUGUUCCUGGGAAGUGCUAUGGCUGUGGAGCGCUGCAUUGGAGUCACCAGGCCUAUCUUCCACUCCACAGUGUUGGCCUCACACCACAUGAAAAGGCUCCUUGGGGUCACCUGGCUGCUUGCUGCACUGGUGGCUGCUCUGCCUGUAAUGCUGUCGAGGCCCUACAAGGUUCAAAGCUCCAGGAGCUGGUGCUUUUUCCUUAUCGAGCAACCCAAAGACUGGCUGGAUGUUCUCCUGCCGCUGCUAUUUUCAUUGCUGGGGCUGCUGGCACUGCUGAUCUCCAUUGUCUGCAACACACUAACAAGCUGUGCCCUAAUACAGGCCAAACUGCGCCACAAGCAUCACUGCAGAAGCACGCCUUAUCACAUAGAGAUGAUUUGCCAGCUCCUGGCUAUCAUGCUGGUGUCCUGCGUAUGCUGGGGCCCAUUACUGAUCCAUGUCACCAUUCUGAGUACCAGAGCCACGGAUGAGUCUCCGUCUUUUAGUCUGCUGACUAUACGCAUGGCUACGUGGAACCAGAUCCUGGACCCGUGGGUCUACAUCCUGCUGAGGAAGGCUGUUCUCAGGAAAAUCUUCGUGUUGCUUCACAGCUGUUGUGGCUCGAAAUUUUACACCCUCCAUCGGUGGCAGCGCAGUAUGCUCCACAGCUCAGUGGAGACCAGCAGCUCCAGUGGUGGUUCAUCUGAUUGCCGCUGCCUCGGUAAAACACCUGUGCGUAAUGUUGUCAUCAAAUCCAUCACCUGAACCCUGUCCUGAGUCUUUUAUCUGAGAACGCCAAGGUGCUGAAAAACAAAA